AUGGCUUUUAAAUUUAAUUGGCCCGAAUUUACCACAGAGUUCGUGGAGCAGGCAAAAAACCUUCUGACAACCGCUCUGAAUAAAAGUAAUAAGCCUGCUAAUAUUGUAGAUCGGAUAGUCGUUAAAGAUUUGAACAUGGGUACAAAGGUAACAAAGUUGGAAAUCAUGGAGAUCGGAGAACUGGCUGUGGACAAAUUUAGAGGAAUAUUUAAACUGAUUUAUAGUGGUGACGCUCAUUUAACUUUGCAAACAAAAGUGCAGGCAAAUCCGAUGAAUAGCAAUAAAUCCGACGUGAGCAUGUAUACCCGAAGAGGGAUUCUUGCAGCCGAUCAACCAUUGGUGGUGCCUAUGCUUCUUAGAUUAAGUAAUCUGAAGUUGAGAGGGAUUAUUGUCUUAGUAGUUAGCAAGCAAAAAGGAAUCACCCUGGUUUUUAAAAAUGAUCCUUUGGAAAAAGUUGACGUGACAUCAACCUUUGAUAGUAUUUCUAGUAUUCAAAGGUUCCUGCAAACGGAAAUUGAAAAGAGGUUGAGAAUAAUGUUUCAAGAGGAUUUACCAUCCAUCGUUCAUCAACUAUCUUUGCAAAAGUGGCUUAACGGUGGUGCUAAGAAGAAAGAGGACACCGUCCCAUUAAAAGAUUCGUCAAAUCCUAAUGCGUUUUCGGACAGUGCACCAUACGACACAAUGUCCAUGCCUGAACUUCGACAUCACACACCUUCUUCAACUGCAACUUCUGAACCCUCAAGCAUUUCACCAGAAUCCUCAUUUUAUGCCGAAGAUGGUUCUUACAUAGGAGAUCUCGAUUCCUUAGAUGGGAGUCCGGGAUAUUCCUCAUAUUCAAGCUUUGGGGAUUUAUUUGAGCGUAAAAAAGAAGAAGGAUUAAAGGCAAUAUCUCGUCCCAACAAAGAAGACCGUUCAGACAAUGGUCGACCACAUGUAUUUCAUCGUCAACGUCUAAUAGUCUCUCCACAACCCCAUAGGAGAGGCUCAUUACCCGCUUGGUUGCCGUCUUCUCAACAAGAUCAACAAUACUCCCGCUCAAACUUAAGAAAUUCAUUAAGGCGUCAUAUACAUACUGAUGCGAAAACCCCAAUAACAGUCACCAAUGGGAUUCAAUUUAAUGAGAUGGUUUGCCCGAUUUCAAACUCGAUCCACACUCAAAUGACCGCUGCAAACCUUCAGCGUCAUAAUCAAUCUCAGUUUGUCGACAGAACAACGCUUCCCCAACCUCAACGUUCUGCUUCCAAUCAUAAAUCUCUUAAUGAAUCUUGCGAUUUAAACAACGAUAUAUCAAGUUCCAAAGAUAUGUUUAUUGAAAAUCACUCAUUAUCUCAACCACAGGAAAUUGUACUUCAACCGUCCGAAACAUCUGUGGCAGCUCGACUUGCCACUCUGAUGAAUUCUAAUCAUACAAUAUCCCCAUAUACCCGUGCGCUUCAGCAUCUUACUUUCCGAUCUUACCCUCAUCCUGCUAAAAAGAUCAUAACUAAUAAACGUAAGUCUCCUGGCAAGGUGGUUGUCAAAAGAAAUGUGUUAAAAAUUCCGGGAUUAACCAGUGGAUGA